GAAAUGGUGCGUGGGGUUAGUUUACGAGUUAAGAAACCGUAGCGAGUGGAGAAACUCAAAAAUGGCGUUUAAUCCGUCUUCAUUCAUUGGUAGAUACUGGCUGAUUGACCUACCCACAGCACUGUUCAGGCUAGUUUUCCGGGUGAGCCGUUUAUGCCCGAUAAGAGCAUCAUGAAAGGAGAUUGACUUCCUUUUAUUGGGAAGGUUGUGACUAGAGUUAGUGAGGUGGUUAAAAAGUGAGAAUUCCUAGACCGGGAAGGAACCCAAGAAGAUUAAAGUUGGAGAAUGUUGGAACCCAGGAAGUAGUGGACAUAUGGCUCAACCAAUGGAAUCACAAAAGGAGGUCUGAAUUACUGUAUAGCUCCUAUCAGACCGCAUCGGCUUCUAUUACAUGAAAAAUAUCAGCGCACAAUUAACCGAGAGAGACCACCAGAAGUUAGAUUGGCACAAGUCACGCAUUUUAACCUGGAUGAGCAACGUUCUCUCUGUGACCCGUGCCGGAAAUCAUCCCAUUCGCAAGAAAGAAUGGCUUGACGGCACCGAAGAGGACAUUCAGCGGUUGCUGAAAAGGGCUAGCGGUAUUGAAGCCAUCAUGCUGCAGAACGUGGGCGAGAAUCUUCUAUCCUUCCUGCGCGGGGAGGUGAUAAUGCUCGAAGUACUUCAAAAAGAUGACAUCCUGGACCAGUCCUACAAGAACGCUGCCGAAACCAUGGCGAUGAAUACGCACCUGGGAGACAUCAUCAAGCAAAUCGCUUUCCGAUUCCCACGGAUGAAGAUCCUCGAGCUAGGGACUGGCACAGGCUCGGCCAUCAACACUGUCCUUUAACGUAUUGGCCGUUCAUACCACUCGUACACUUUCACUGAUAUUUCGGCUGGUUUCUUUGGAAAGGCACAGAACGCGUUCGUAAA